AUGAUUCCGGCUUUAAUAGGUCUGUUCGUUCUGGCUACACUAAUCUAUAAACACAUGCUUCUCAUAUUCAAACAAAUAUUUGUGCAGGAGGAAAAGAAGUAAUCUUUUGUUAGAAAGAUGACACUAUUUAGGAUUAUGCGGAACAGUGAGUUUGCGACGACAUUUUGCAUGUAUUCUAGAAGAUAUAGCACAAAUAUAUUGGAAAAUGAAUGUACCACAAAGAAAAAGGUGAUCCAUCCGUACCGCCAAAUCCAUCCAUGGAAAUCGGAGAACGAAUUUGCAAAUAGUUUGUUGAAGAAUGUUAUUUAUAAUGCAGAUGGAAUAGUUGCAAUAAACAAACCAUAUGGCAUACCUAUAUAUAAUAAAGCACAAAGUACAGACUCAACUUUAACAAACUGUCACAAAAUUGUGGGAGCAGUUGAUUAUUCUGUAUAUAAUGUUUUACCUUAUCUUGCAAAAGAAUUAGAUGUACCAGCCUUGAUUCCAUGCAUGGGAGCAGAAAAAUAUAUGACUGGUAUCUAUGUUUUUGGAAUUAAUAACGAUGCAUGCGAGCAGAUAGAGAAAGCGAGAAGACGAUUUCAGAUGGGCAAAUUCAGAAAAUACUGGGUGGUUACAAGUAGAGUUCCACAUGAAAUCAAAGGAAAAUAUCGUUUAGGAAUGACUUUACAAAAAUCUGCAUUAGGAACCAAAAAGCCAAUUAUAUUGACAAAAUGGUCUUACAAUGCAGUAAAGAGGCAGGAAGUAAAAAUAUUAAAUAUAAAUUUUAGAAUUAUAUCCAAUUCAACACAUAAUUUGAGUUCCUUAAUAGAAAUGGAAGCAUCUACAAAAAAAUGGCAUUCUAUUAGAUUGUUUGCUUCUACUAUGCUAUACAGUCCAAUUCUUGGAGAUAAUUAUCAUGGAUCACGAGCUCAAGAAAUCAUGGGUACAUGGAUAAAAGUCAAUCCAUUUGCUGAAUCUUGUUGGGAUAUGCCACAACUGAAUAAACAACUGCUGCAGUUGUUGGAUAUAAAUGAAAAUCAACAAGAGAUUAUUCCAACUCAUGUGCAUUUGAGAAAUAUAUAUUUAACCCUUUUCGGCAGAGAGAAAAAAGAUAUAGAGCUAGAAGCACCUUUAAUACAUCCUUUUGAUUGGACUUGCGAACAACUUAUGUUCAAGAACAUACCUGAAUUAAACAAAGACAGUAUAGAGAACGAGGUAAAGAUAUCUUGUGUAUAAUAUAUGACGUGUAUAAUUUUCACUUCGAGUUUUACUAUUGUAAUAAAAAAAAUUUAAUUCACACAA